CGGUCUCUCUACGCUGCACACGUAUACAAGGGUGACUCUCUGUACAUUUUCUGCGUGUGGCAAGCUUUAAAAAACCUAAAAAUGGCCAUCGAAUUAUUCACAGUUCUCGGUAAAUUCUACGAGGAAUAUACCUCCAAGACUUCGCAGAAGCUGAAGAUCAUCGAUGCAUACUUGGCAUACAUUAUGCUGACGGGGAUUGUGCAGUUUGUCUACUGCGUUCUCGUCGGUACCUUCCCUUUCAACUCGUUUCUGUCUGGCUUCAUCUCGUGCGUCGGUUCGUUCGUUUUAGGAGUUUGCCUGCGCCUACAAGUCAACCCAGCAAACAGAUCGGACUUUAAGAAUACCUCUCCAGAACGUGCUUUUGCUGAUUUUGUCUUCGGUAGCAUUAUUUUGCAUCUUGUCGUCUUGAAUUUUAUCGGAUAAUCAUCUUCUGCUUAAAUCUAGGGAGGGACGCCAAAAUCAGUCAACGCCAAAAAGAGAUAAAUAUGGCCUAGCAGAGAACUUUCAACACAACAACAAAAUGAAGCACGCCUGUUUAGAAAAGAGAUCACCGUUUAUAUCUUGCCUUUGAUGAGAUGUGACGUUUUACUGCAAAAUGAAAAUCAAGUUAGAAAUCUUUGGGAGUGAAGACAUGAUUUGAAAAUAUAUUUUGGAAAUUUCAAAUAAUCCGUAAAAUAAGCUGAUUCUAAUACGACAAGUCGUAACACUAACAGCUGCAGUUUGCAUUUUGCCGGAUUUCACUUCAUUUUGAAGGAGAAGGUCACAUUUUGUCAAUUUUAGAAAACUCCUUUUUUCAAGCAAUUGUAAAACUUUGCCCUCCAUGUUGUUGGAACUCCUCUGCAGUGACAAGUUGCAACUGUACAUUUUCAGCAAAUAUUUUGCAUUCUAAAUUUACUCUAUUCUGCCAUUUGAGGAUGAAUUUCAUGGCAAUUGUGUAGAGAUAAUACUUAUGAAGUGACCAGGCAUGCAGCUUUCAGCUCUCCUCCUUUUUGGUUUCUCAGCUAUGCUUUUGGAAAUUGCAAAAUUUUGCUUUGACUGGCACUUUCCUCUAUUUUUUGCCAGCUGCAGUUGCAUGCCUGAGUGACAUGUAAAAUGCUGUUAUUAUGACACAAACAACCCUAAUCCAAUGGGAACACUGUUUGGCAGCAGACUUGAGCUUUAUCUGAUUUUGCAGCUACGGCUAUGGCUUGAUUGGGCUAUGGCUAGAUUUGGCUCUGGCUAGAUUGCCAUGUUAUCAUGCAUUGGAAGUAUAGGAUGUCCUAAGCAACACCCUUAACAACCGGUGUAGCUGUUGAGCUGCAGCCGCCAAUUUGGCUAUGCCCUCUCAGGAAUGUGAUCAAUGCUCGGAAUUGAGCUGAAUAUGUCUGCUGCCACCUAGUGUUCAAAAGUUUCUCAUUGACUCUUAAGAUGUACCUGAAACCAGCAGAGUCGUCCUCCUACAUCUUGAUCAAGACUUUGAGUUUCCUCAUUGUACUAAAAUAUGUUUUACCAUUAUUUUGGAAAAUAAAUUUACAUAUUCCCUUUAA